AUGUAAUAAAUUGGCUAGUUUCAGGUGACAUUAGGAAAAGUCAUCGGACAAGGAGCUAAUGGAUUGAUUUUUUAAGCUGAAAUCGAUGAUGGUAAAGUAGUUGCCCUCAAGGUCUCAGAAAAAAUAACUCAACAUGAGAAACAGAUUUUGACUGCACUUAAAGGGAAUAAAUUUGAUCAUAUCAUUGAAGUGAUUGCUUUUGAACAGAACAACAAUGGAGUUUACAUUUUUAUGGAACUUGGACAACGCUUUGAAUUAUAAAGUCAAUCUGAUAAAAGAAGGCUUUGUUUGGAAGUAUACAAUUAUCAAUAUUAUAGAUGUCCAAAGGGGUUUCGGAAUUACAGAAAUUACGAUUUUUUCAUCGAGAUUUAAAACCAGAUAAUUUUGUAAUAGGAAAAGAUAAUAAAAUCAAAUUGAUAGAUUUUGGAAUCUCAAAAACAAUUGAGUAGAUAACUUAAACCCAAAUGCAAGGAACAUAUCAAUAUAUGGCUCCAGAAGUUAUGGCAGGCACAGACUAUGAUCCUUCUGUUGAUAUUUGGUCAUUGGGAAUAUUGUUUUAUGAAGUAUUUACAAAUGAACUAUUUUUUGCAAAAUUUGAAGGUUCUGAAAUGAUUCAAAUUAUUCAAAAUAUUCAGCAAAUAUAGAUUAAUUAAAAAAUAAGUGCAUAAAACAAAUUAGAAUAAUGGUAAAAAGAAUUAUUAUAAAAAAUAUUGUUCAAAAAUUGGAUAAAAAAUUACAGUUGGUUAAAUCUAUAGAAAGAAUAAGUAUAGAAGAAGUUAUUCAAAUGCUUGAAAAAAUUGAAGAACCAAUUAUUGAAGAAUAACCUGAAUUAAAACAAGAUAAAUAACAAAAUUAGAUUGGUCUUAAACUCAAUGACUAAUCUGAUCUAUGCUUUAGUAAUAUUCUUCCAUAAUUAAUUUCAAACAUUAUGA